UUUCUCAAACACUCUAUACUAAAUACUCUGUUCCUACUCUGUAUUUUCUCACCCUCAUAAACACCUCAAUUCCCCCAAUCUCCUUCAUUUCUUCCACAAAUUCUCACAUGAAUCUCAUCACCCACCACCCUUAACCCCCAAUGUUCACAUUCUGCAUCAAUGGCAGCUCACAACUACCCCAAAAUCACCCUAAUUUCAACCACAACACUCAUCUACACCUUCCUAAUUUCACUCGUGUUCAGCGCAACAGAUCCCAACGAUCUAGCAAUAUUAAACCAGUUCCGAAAAGGGUUAGAGAAUCCAGAGCUUCUAAACUGGCCUGACAAUGGUGACGACCCGUGUGGGGCACGCUGGCCCCACGUGUUCUGUGAUCGUUCAAGGGUUGCACAAAUUCAAGUUCAGGGGAUGAAUUUGAAAGGUUCGUUGCCAAAAAACUUGAAUCAGUUGUCAAUGUUGACUAAUCUGGGCCUACAGAAGAACAAGUUUUCUGGGUCUUUACCAACUUUGAGUGGAUUGUCGGAAUUGAGGUGGGCUUAUUUUGACUACAACCUGUUCGACGAAAUGCCUGAUGACUUUUUUCACGGGCUUGAUAGUUUAGAAGUGAUGGUUUUGGAUAAUAACCCGAUUAAUGUUAGUACUGGAUGGUCUAUACCAACAGAUCUUCAGAAUUCUGUUCAGUUGCAGAAUCUUUCUUUGAUGAGUUGUAAUUUGGUGGGUAAGAUUCCUGAUUUUCUUGGAAGUAUGUCUUCACUUGGGGUGUUGAAACUGUCUAUGAAUCGAAUUUCGGGUGGGAUUCCUGUUACUUUUAACGAAUCUGUUGUUAGAAUAUUGUGGUUGAAUGGUCAGUCUGGGGAAGGGAUGACUGGAACCAUUGAUGUUAUUGCGACAAUGAGGUCACUUACUAGUGUUUGGUUACAUGGUAAUCAUUUUUCGGGUCGAAUUCCCGAAAGUAUUGGUGGGUUAACCGAGCUUAAAGAGUUUAAUGUUAAUAGUAAUGAUCUUGUGGGAUUAGUUCCUGAGGGUUUAGCUAGUUUGAAAUUGGAUAGACUUGAUUUGAAUAAUAAUAUGUUCAUGGGUCCUGUACCUAAGUUUAAAGCUGUGAACUUUAGUUACUCGUCGAACCGGUUUUGUAACCCGGAUCCUGGUGUUCCUUGUCGUCCGGAAGUGACUGCGCUUUUGGAGUUUUUAAACGAUUUGGGUUACCCGUCUCGGCUUGUGAAUUCGUGGUCCGCGAAUGAUCCGUGUGCAGGGUCGUGGUUCGGUUUGAGUUGUAGUAAGCAGAAGGUUAGUUCGAUCCACUUGGCGAAGUUUAACCUUUCGGGAGCCUUGAGCCCGUCGAUUGCCAGUCUUGAUUCGCUCACUCGGAUUGAUCUCGGGUCGAAUUACUUAACGGGUGUGAUUCCUUCGAACUGGUCAAGCUUAAAGUCAUUGACUUUGUUGGAUUUGAGUAAUAAUAAUCUUUCACCUCCGCAGCCGAAGUUCGAUCCCUCGAUGAAACUUGUUUUAAGCGGAAACCCGUUGUUUCAAUCGAAUUCACCGAAAACUGGUCCUAAAACCAGUUCACCGACGGGCUCACCCCCCGACAGCAGCCAACUUUCACCUCCAACAAGAAGCGGGAUUACUGGCGGUACUCGCGGUUCUGACACUGGCAGUACUCGCGGUUCUGGCGGCGGCGGUGGUGCCGCCCCUCUCAGUGCUAAACAUCCGACGCCGAAGAAGCCGAACAACAAGAAGCCAAACGUAGUAGCGUUCGUCACUCCUGUUGCGGUUGUCGCUGGUUUAGCCCUUUUAAUCAUCCCUUUAUGCAUCUACUUAUGCAAAAAGAAGAAAGUCAACUCAAGUCAACCACCAAGCUCACUUGUGAUUCACCCGCGGGACCCGUCCGACUCAGGCAACACAGUCAAGAUCUCAAUCGCCAACGACACACAAACGCAUACCAUCGGCAGUGGUUCAGGCGAGUCCCAUGUAAUCGAGUCCGGAAGCUUGAUCAUAUCGGUUCAAGUGUUAAAAAACGUGACGAAAAACUUCGCGAAAGAGAACGAGCUCGGCCGUGGCGGGUUUGGGGUUGUUUACAAGGGCCAGUUAGACGAUGGCACAAAAAUAGCAGUCAAACGAAUGGAAUCCGGUGUGAUUAGCAACAAAGCGUUAGACGAGUUCGAAUCCGAAAUUUCAGUUUUAUCGAAGGUUCGACACCGACAUCUGGUGUCACUUUUAGGGUAUUCAACUGAAGGGCCUGAAAGAAUACUUGUUUACGAAUAUAUGCCGCAAGGUGCGUUAAGUCGGCAUCUAUUUCAUUGGAAAAGCUUUAAACUCGAACCGCUUUCUUGGAAAAGGCGGUUAAAUAUUGCGUUGGAUGUGGCUAGAGGGAUGGAGUAUCUUCAUACUUUGGCUCAUCAGAGCUUUAUACACCGAGAUCUUAAAUCGUCGAAUAUUCUACUUGGAGAUGAUUUUCGAGCCAAAGUUUCGGACUUUGGGUUGGUGAAACUCGCACCGGAUGGUGAGAAGUCGGUGAUUACUCGGUUAGCUGGGACGUUUGGAUACCUUGCGCCCGAAUAUGCCGUGACAGGUAAAGUGACAACGAAGGCCGACGUAUUCAGCUACGGCGUUGUUCUUAUGGAGCUACUAACCGGUUUAAUGGCGUUAGACGAGGACCGACCUGAAGAAAGCCAGUACCUAGCAGCAUGGUUUUGGAGCAUCAGAACCGACAAAGAGAAACUAAUGGCUGCCGUGGACCCCUCUCUUAACGCAAACGAAGAAACAUUCGAAACCAUCUCGGUAAUAGCUGAGCUGGCAGGCCACUGUACAGCCCGAGAGCCAAGUCAGCGGCCCGAUAUGGGGCACGCAGUCAACGUGCUGUCCCCACUUGUCGAGAAAUGGAAACCCAUGGAGAACGAAGCUGAAGAAUAUUGUGGUAUCGAUUAUAGUCUGCCGUUGACUCAGAUGGUCAAAGGGUGGCAAGACGCAGAAGGGAAAGAUUACAGUAGCUAUGUGGAUCUUGAUGAUAGUAAGAGUAGUAUUCCUGCAAGACCUACUGGAUUUGCUGAUUCGUUUACUUCUGCCGAUGGUCGAUAAAUGGUGUUUCGGGUUUUUGUUGGUGUUGUGAUAUGUUUGUACGUUGUAGAUAGCUUGAAAUGUUUUUCGGUAUGUUGUAUCGAAGACUUUCUGUUAAAAGUUUUGUUGAUGGUAUGUUUGAAACGAUGAUGAAAGUUGUAAUCUUGUAGAAUUUAGGGUACUUAGUAUGGGUAAAAUCGUGUUUAUAUGUGUCGAUCUUUUUUUUCCAGUUUUUUAGAUAUGCCCUCUUCGUUGAUCAAA